AUCGAACAUGCUGGGCAGCGACCUGAGUGAGCGGCUCGUGAUCGACUCCGAUACGUCGGCGGAGCGGGCCACUGCCGCUGCCAAGCGGAAGUUGCUCAUCGGCGCCGCCCUCUGCCUCCUCUUCAUGUGCGCCGAGAUUGUCGGUGGCUAUCUCGCGCACUCGCUCGCCAUCAUGACGGACGCUGCGCACAUGCUGUCGGACGUGGCCGGGUUCCUCGUGGGAGUGCUCAGCCUCUUCCUCACCAAUCGCGCGCCCACGCCAAAGUACUCCUUCGGCUACCACAUCGCCGAGGUGCUCGGCGCGAUGGUGAGCAUCUCGAUUGUCUGGCUGAUGACUGGCGUGCUCCUGUACGAGGCGACGAACCGCCUCUUCUCGCCCGAGCCGGUGGACGGCCGCACCAUGUUUGUCGUCUCGCUGGUCGGCGUGGUGAUGAACGUCGUGCUGAUGGCUGUGCUCGGGCACGGGGAGGGAGGCCACGGAGGGCACGGCGGGCACGGCCACUCGCACGGAGGAGGCGGGCACGGAGGCGGCGGGCACGGAGGCGGGCACGGAGGCGGGCUUGCGCCGGUUCGCGCGGUGGCGGACGGCCACGACCACUCUCACGCGCCGGCGGCCGGCCACGGCCACGGCCACGGCCACGCGGAGGAGGGCGAGGGCGGCGAGGCUGGCCACGGGCCGUGCUGCGGCGAGGGCGAGGGUGCGGGCGGCGCCGGCUCGUCGCUCGCGCUGCGCGCGGCGAUGGUCCACGUCAUCGGAGACAUCGUCCAGUCAGUCGGCGUCUGCGUCGCCGCAGCCCUCAUCUGGGCCUUUUCGGACCGGUGGCUCGACGCGAGCGGCGUGUCGUACUGGUACCGCGUCGACCCGGUCUGCACGUACCUCUUCUCGCUCCUCGUGCUCUACUCGUCGUACGGGACGAUGAGCGAGGCGGUGCACCUGCUGAUGGCGGGGGUGCCUUCGGACAUCAACAUCUCCGAGGUGCGCUCGCGGCUCAAGGCGAUCCCGUGCGUCGUCGGGGCGCACGACGUGCACGUCUGGGCCCUCUCCGCCUCGAAGCGGAACAUGUGGGCCCAUCUCACCGUCUCGGCGGGCGCCGACUCGGCCUCGGUGCUGCACGCGGCGCAGCGGGCGGCGGCCGACUUCGGGUGCGACCACACCUGCUUCCAGCUUGAAAGCGAGGGCCACAUCUGCCACGCCCUGCACUGCGGCCCGCCCGACGUCGCGCACGACCACUCGCACGCGUGACACGGCACCUAGGGGGCCGGCUCCUUGGUGUCCGCCUCCACACGCCUCCGCGCCUCUCGAGCCGCGCCUCCGAGAGGCCACCGGCUGCGGCGGCGGAGGACGCCUGGCAGCGCAGGGAGCUCCUGCCCCCAUUUUCUCAUCCCUGCGGCGAUUUGGGCCUGGGGAUGCGGGAUGGCCGCCGGACAGACGGACUGCGGGGCGGGCUAGAAGGAGAGCUUGUCUCCCGCUUUUGUCACGAGUGGCCCGUGACGCGUGCGCCGAUUUAUUUGAUGCAUUAAGUAAAUU